AUGGCACCUCGGACGUUAUUCAAGCUGCCACCUGACACCCCAGCCAAGUGGAGUAUAGCAGCAGCCAAUGCCGGCUUGAUCAACCAGACCAUCAAGUCGCGGGGCUCUUUGGAGUCAGGCUCGAAAAUCACUGAAGAGCAAUUCCUGCUCCUCAGAAUUCUCACCACCACCGCUGCCCCCGGAUCGCUAAAUCCCAACAGAUGGGGCCUCACGCCCUACAUUGCACAAGCCCAAGCCGCACUGCUAAACCCCGGCUUUUUGCAGUUUCUGGGGGCCAUUCCGGCCGGAGCGGGAGCUGCCAGAAUCCCAGGCGCCUUCCGCCAAGCCCAGAUCCAAUAUCUCGAAGUCAUUGAAGGCCUGACGAAGAAGAAGCAGCUCGAAGAUAUUGACGAGACGUCUAUCAACUCAAGUCUCAUUACCCUACUGCAAGGUAUCACAGACCUAGUCCCUACCGCUGGGCGGCGGUGGAGAAGUCGUCAUGUGAAAUUGACGAUCAAUUACGGGAGGCGCCCAGGGGACAAGAAGGAUCGCAAAUUCACAGCGGUCACCGACGGGCAGCUGCAGAGAAGCGGCGGGGGUCGAGCGAUAUCGGCUCUCGUUGAGUGCAAGAGAGCGCCUCGUAUGGAAAAGCGCCACAAAGAAGCAAUGCAGGAAGCGGCUGAGUUCGCGACCUGGGUGGGCGACUACCGCACCGGCCCGGGCCAUGCGUAA